GAGAGAGAAAAAAAUUGCAAAUAUUUUUUUAACAUUCAAUUCAAUGUUUUUAAUAAUAAAAUAAAUCUUCAAAACAUUUGAAAGAAAUUUUUUUUUUUUGAAAACUGUUUUACAAUUUAAACUAAAUAUUACCACUAAAAUCGUUGCUGAAGAUUACAUAACUGAUCCAAACAUCAGCAGCCAUGGCAAACACUUUGGCCACAUUUAUGGAGGUCGACUCAACUAAAGACAAUUACCACGGCUUGUACUCAGAAGAUCCGAUCCAAUGUCUCGAAGCACUCAUAAAUAUCAAGAAUCUGGUCAUCGGAAGCAAUCGUAUGAAAGGCUCGAUCAUCGAAUCGUCUGUUGUUCCCCGACUCAUCCAACUGAUCCAAAUGUGCAACAAACAAAACAGUGCCAAUUUGGCCAAAGAAGCUGUACUGACAAUUGCCAGUCUGGCUAAAGGUACCGAAGAGCACGUCAAAGUGCUGAUCGAUAGCGGAGUGGUAGCCAUACUUCUGGAGAAUACCAGAUCCAGUGACGCCGCUUUUGUCGAGGCGUGUCUACGGGCGUUGCGGACGAUAUUAAAGUCUCCGGAAACACCGGUAAACAUGAUUUUCGAUCGGAACGACAUGAAAGACGAUCCGUUAUACCAAAUAAUACCGCAUUUGUUAAGUUUGGCGGCCAGUCAUCGGUCGUUUGUCAAUAAGGAGUGUAUCGCCAACAUUAUGGCCGCUUCGUGUCAGGUAAUGACUAACGAACAGCAAAAUAUUCUGAAUAAUUACGGAUCAAUUUCACUGAUUGCUUCACUAUUGGUUAACAAUGUCCUGAAAGUCCAAAUGGCUGCUCUUCACUGGUUGGCGCAAAUCUGUUACCAAAACGAAACAGUAUCGGCUUUUGUUGUCAAUGAGUAUUGCGAUGGAAAAUCAAUGUCCGAUUUGUUGGUCUCAAUGAUGAGCCAACAGAAGACACACGAAAUGCAAUUAAUUGCCGCCAAAUGCAUGACCUGUAUAUACCGUUCCGGUGCUCUUAAUAGUGACGAUAAACGAAUUAUUUACAAAACAUUACCGACUUUGGUCCGAAUGUGUAAGAAAGACAAAGAAACGUCGAUUCGGGCGAUGGGAGCCGAAACUCUUGCCUAUCUGACCGAAAUAGACACUAAUCUUCAGCAAACCGCCAGUAUUUGUGAUCAUUUGAUACCAACUUUGGCUGAUCUAUUGAAAUAUCAAUCCAAUUGUAUAUCACUAUUGGGAUAUUCCGAUGCAUUCAACAAUCAGCCAAUAACAGCGGCCACCGUUAGAAAACUAGAACAGGAAGUGAUUACAACCCAAGACAUGAAACAGGCGGCCUUCAAGGCAUUUGCUUCGUUAGGUGCCAAUGACGAAGACAUCCGGAAGCGAAUCAUUGAAACCGAUUUUCUAAUGGAUCACAUUGUCAGCGGUCUGUCCGAUCCGAACAUAAAGACUAGAUUAUCGGCACUGAGAUGUCUGCAUAGUUUGUCGCGAUCUGUUCAACAAUUGCGGACAACAUUUCAAGAUCAUGCCGUUUGGGUACCGCUAAGAAAUCUCUUGCACAACGCAUCCGACGAGAUAUUGAGUGUGGCGUCGAGUACUUUAUGCAAUUUAUUACUCGAGUUUUCGCCGAGCAAACAGCACUUCUUGGAUCGGGGAGCCGUUGAACUGUUAUGUGAUCUGACCCGUAGAGAUGAGGCGGCACUCCGAUUGAACGGCGUGUGGGCCCUAAUGAAUAUGGCAUUUCAAGCCGACCAGAAUUGUAAAUCGCAAAUACUUAACGCAUUGGGAACCGAUCAGAUAUUUCGUUUGCUAUCGGAUCCAGACGUCAACACAUUGAUGAAGACGUUGGGUCUAUUGCGAAAUUUGCUCUCCAAUAAACCGCAUAUCGAUCACAUAAUGAGUCUUCAUGGGAAACAAGUGAUGCAAGCAGUCAUACUGAUACUCGAAGGCGAUCACCAAUCGGAUGUCAAAGAACAGGCACUCUGUAUUCUAGCCAACAUUGCCGACGGCGAUACAGCCAAAGAGUUUAUUAUGUCCAACGAAGAUAUGCUCAAGAAGCUGACCUCCUAUAUGAUGCACUCGAAUGUUAAACUCCAGAUUGCGGCCACAUUUUGCAUAUCAAACCUCAUCUGGAGUGAAGAAGAGGGAGCCAACCAUCGACAGGAUCGGCUAAAAGAGAUGGGCGUUCAUAAACUCUUACAGCAAUUGUUAACGACAAACGAUACGACUUUAUUUGAUAGAGUCAAGACAGCGUUACAACAGUUUAAUAACUAA